CCCGCCGGUGUUACAGACCGGUACCGACUCUGGUUCGGGAUCGGUGGAUGAAUCUAAAGAGCUUCAGUGUGACCGUCAGUCCGCGGCCGUGACCCGGAAGUAAACAGUCCGCCAUGUUGAUUUGAUGACAGCGGAGAACCAUCCGGAGGGACUCAGCGGCUCUCUGACGGUCUCUGCCCGGCUCUCUGAUCGGCUCCGGAUCUCGGUGCAGCCCGUAUUCUGUGGUUCGGAGCCGCUGCUUCAUGCAGCGGAACAAAGACGACAUGAAGGCCAUGAAAAUUUUCUCCUCUCAGGCGGAGCUGAUCAUGGAGGCGGCGGUGGAGUCCGCCGUGUUUGUCCUACAGCGGCCCGGACAGCAGCGGCCCGACGGCGUGGACAGAACGGUUCACCUUUAUGUGGCCACAGGUUAAUCCCACCUGUUGUCUCCUCAGGAUCAGCUGAAUGCCGUGUUGGAUGUGAUGUCCAGAGAAGCUGUUCGGAAGAUCUGCAGCGUCUUCAGAGAACUUUACAUGACGGUGGUGACGGAGAACGAAGCUCUGAAGGACAAACUGAAACGGCUGGAUUCUGAAAAACCAAAGAUCCAGAAGAAUAUCAGGGCUCUGAACUCACCGACGGUCUAUAAGAUCCAACCUCCAGGUGGACAGUCGUCUCCAGAUGGACAUCAUCUCACCAUGACCAUCCUCAGCUCCAACGGUCCUCAGGUCCCCAUGGUCAUCAUCAGCCCGCCGCUCCACGCACCAAUCAUAGCCCAGAACAGCCCGCACCCCCAGGACAUCCAGACGGAGGUGUUUCUAGAAACAACAGAUCCUGAACCGUCACCGGACACCGCCCUGCCCUCUGACAUCACACCACCUCCUGUGGCUCGGCCAGUGGCUGAGCUUCCAGGUGCAGAUACAGCUGAAGAAGCUGCAGCAGCAGAAACCAAGAUGGAAAAUGUGAAAGAAAAACAUGAAGAUCAGAAGGUUACUGAGAGCCAAACAGCUCUGAGGGAGGAGCAGAAGGAGCAGGAGAGGAGGAGGAGGAGGGAGCUCUACAAAGACAAGAGGUUCUUCUGUGAGCUCUGCAGCAAAGGUUUCCACCAGAAGUACCAGCUGAUGAAGCACGUUUCCUGCCACCUGAAGCCGUUCCCCUGCAACUCCUGUGAUAAAGGCUUCUACCGGGCGCAGACACUGCACAAGCACCAGCUGAGCCACCAGCUGAGGGAGGCGCAGGAGAAUGACCCCGACAACCUGCUGCGCUGCGACCAAUGCGACAGGAAGUUCAGGUUGCUGCGGCAGCUGCGAGUCCACCAGGCGUCCCACCGGCUGGAGAAGUCGCCGCUGAAGUGUCACGCCUGCGAGCGCACCUUCACCUCCGCCAGCGCGCUCCGGUACCAUGAGGUGUCGCACGCCAAAGUCAAGCCCUUCAUGUGUGAUGUCUGCGGGAAGAGCUUCACCAGGAAGAAGAGCCUCCGAGAGCACCAGACUGUCCACACCGGCGCCCGGCCGUACGCCUGCCAGACCUGCGGAAAGAACUUCUCCACCGCCAGCAACCUGCGCGUCCACAAGAGGUCGCACUCGGAGGAGCGGCCCUACAAGUGCAGCGAAUGCAACAAGGCCUUCAAGUGCAAGAUGGGGCUGCUGCAGCACCGGGUGGUCCACUCCGGAGAAAAGCCCUUCAUGUGCCAGACCUGUGGACUGAGCUUCGGCCUGAAGUACAACUUCCAGAGACAUGUGAGGCUCCACAACGGGGAGAAACCGUUCAGGUGUGCUAAAUGUGGCGAGGGUUUCACCGGUACCUGGGCUCUGAAGACCCACAUGUUGGUCCACGGCGUGGAAAAGCCGUUCAUGUGCGACCUGUGUGGGAAGACCUUCUUCUACAACUGUCAGCUGCGGAAACACCUGCAGCUGGUUCAUGGCGGUCCGGAUCGAGGGAAGUCCGGCGAGACGGGCCGCCGCAGGUCGACGGGCGUCAAACCGUUCGGUUGUAAAACCUGCCUGAAGAGUUUCAGCAGCAGCACCACGCUGAGGACGCAUGAGAAGAGCCAUGCCCAGAACAAAGAGUUCAACUGCGACGCCUGCGGGAAGGCCUUCCACCUGCGACACCUGUACCUGUACCACCUGAGGCAGCACAGCGGCGACCGGCCGCACAUCUGCAGCAUCUGCCAGAAAGGCUUCCUGCUGGCAUCACAGCUCAAGCAGCAUGAGCUGCUGCACACCGGAGUCAAGCCUCACCGCUGCCAGCAGUGCGGCAAGCAGUUCAGGACGCCGCAGAACUACCACCGCCACCAGCUGGUGCACACCGGAGAGAAGCCCUACCAAUGCGCAGUGUGCAGCCGCAACUUCAGGCAGUCCAACCAGCUCAAGUCCCACAUGCAGAUCCACACUGGCAUCAAGCUGUACUCCUGCCAGCGCUGCCUGCAUGGAUUCUCCGACUCCCGGCAGCUCAAGAAGCACCGCUGUGGAGACGACGCUCACACCUUGCUGGAGUCCACCGGCAAAUGCAAGAAACAGAGAGACGUGUUCCCCUGGACAGACGACUUCACCCAGCAGUAACACAUGUAACACCUGGGAUAGUCAGUAACACCUGGGAUAGUCAAUGACACUUGGGAUAGGCACACCUGGGAUAGAAACACCUGGGAUAGCCAAUAAAACCUGGGAUAGUCAAUAAAACCUGGGAUAGUCAAUAACACCUGGGAUAGGAGCACCUGGGAUGGGAACACCUGGGAUAGUCAAUAACACCUGAGAUAGGAGCACCUGGGAUGGGAACACCUGGGAUAGUCAAUAACGCCUUUAUCACUGUCACUUUGGACCGGCAGGAUAGCCGUUUCCCUUCUUUCCAGCCUUCAUGCUAAGCUUAGAGAUUAUUCCAGAUGUUGUUGAUUAUUCCAGAUGUUAUUGAUUAUUCCAGGUGUUAUUGAUUAUUCCAGGUGUUAUUGAUUAUUCCAGGUGUUUUUGAUUAUUCCAAGUGUUAUUGAUGAUUUUAUGUUGUUUAUUAUUUGUACACAAACAUCAGUUUGUAGUUUUGGUGGAACUAUUUCUUGACAGCGUAUCCGUCCGCCCAGCUCUCAUACAAUACAAUACAAUACAAUAACUUUAUUAAUCCCUGAAAGGAAAUUUAAUUGUCUGGUCUCAUCUGUUUACUUUUUAAAUAGUCUAAUUGCUGCAGAACAGAAAAAAUUUCUGAAUCUUUCAGUCCUGCAGCAGGGAUAGGAGCCGUCCACUGAUGUUUUGUUGUUCAUUGAGGCAGAUGUGAAGUGGAUGAUCCAGGUUUGUCAGGAUGGCCUCCAUCUUUCUAAGUGCCUGUCUCUCCACCUCAUCCUCCAAUGAGUUCAGUCUGAUUCCAACCACAGAGCCAGCUUUUUUAAUCAGUCUGUUCAGACGCCUUGCAUCUUUGUUUUUUAUACUGCCUCCCCAGCAGACUGCAACAUAAAACAACACUUGCUACCACAGACUGAUAAAACAUCUCAUCUGCAGCAUCUUACUGCAGAUGUCUAAUGAUCGAAGUCUUCUGAGGAUAAAAAGUCGGAUCUGGCCCUUUUUAUAGAUGAAGUCUACGUUUUUAGACCAGUCCAACUUAUCAAGGUAGACACCUAAAUAUUUAUACGAUGUCACCGCCUUGAUGUCCACGCCAUAAGUGUUCACUGGCUGAAAAGGGGGUUUGGAUCUGCGGAAAUCUAUGAUCAUUUCCUUUGUCUUUGAGGCGUUGAGUAGCAGGCAUUUUUGUGACUCCAGUCACUGAAGGCACUUAUCAGAUCCUGUAUUCAUCUUUGUCAGGGGAAACCAGCGAUGAUCACCCCGGACCUAGGAUCAGAACCAACAGAUGAGACCAGACACGGAAAUAUACUUGUACAAGGGCACCCUGCUCAGACAACUCUGCAGCAGCAGCGCGCCGAGGCAGUUCCUUGUCCCUUUAUUUAUAGUAUACUCAAGUUACAGGGCGUUCGUAUGUGUGUGUGCGUGUGUGAGUGUGUGAACAUGGGAUAUGUGUGUGUGUGUGUGUGUGUGUGUGUGUGUGUGUGUGUGUGUGUGUGUGUGUGUGUGUGUGUGUGUGUGUGUGUGUGUGUGUGUGUGUGUGUGUGUGUGUGUGUGUGUGUGUGUGUGUGUGUGUGUGUGUGUGUGUGUAAAAGCAUGGUCGUUCUUAGCUCAGUGGAAGAAUACUGGCACAUCUUGCACAUUAAGAUACAGAUUAGGACAUUAAGAUAGAGUGUGACAGUACAUGAUAUACAGUUUUCUUUUAACAAGCUUCAUGUCCAUUUCUGAUACAUGCCACAAUAGCAGUGUCAUCAGGGUAUUUCUGAAUGUGGCAGGACUCAGUGCUGUAUUUGAAGUCUGAUGUAUACAGUGUGAACAGGAAUAGAGCCAGGACUGUUUGUUGUGGAGCCCCAGUACUGCUCAUUAAUGUCCCAGAAACACAGUUCCCCAGCCUGACACACUGUGGCCUUCCUGUCAGGUAAUCUAUGAUCCAAGAAACACAAGCAGGA